CUAGUUAUGUUAAUUACAACUAUACCCUUUGUCCUUCUCCCGCGGCUUCAGUUCUUCGCGCCAUUCUGUACGAAAAUCUGCACAAUUGCCCUAAUCUCUCUCACUCUUCGAUAAGCGGGUAUCGGCGACAAGUUCUUAAUCCCUCUCUCUGCAUUUGUUAACUGGUAAUCUUCUGCUAAUUUCAUUUUAUAUGACCUCAACCUAUUGCACCGCGUCCUGGAUUAAGAUGGAUUCUUCGAGGGAGGAUUGCUCCUCCGACACUCUUCGGUUUAUGGAACUUGCAAUUCAGCAGGCCAAGCUUGCCCUGAACAGCCUAGAAGUGCCUGUAGGCUGUGUGAUUGUUGAAGAUGGGAUGGUUAUUGCCACUGGAAGAAACCGCACUACUGAGACUCGAAAUGCUACCAGACACGCAGAGAUGGAAGCUACUGACAUUCUGAUUGAGGCAUGGCAGAGGGAUGGACUUUCAACCUCAGAAGUUGCUGAAAAAUGCUCGAAGUGCAAACUUUAUGUUACCUGUGAACCUUGCAUUAUGUGUGCUUCUGCCCUAUCAAUACUUGGUAUAAAUGAAGUAUAUUAUGGUUGUGCAAAUGAUAAAUUUGGUGGAUGUGGAUCUAUAUUGUCACUUCACUUAGGUAGCCGCGAGGCACAUACAAGUGGUAAUCAGCAAGGAAGGGGAUUUAAAUGCACAGCAGGAAUAAUGGCAUCAGAAGCAGUUGCUCUUUUUCGAAGUUUUUAUGAACAGGGAAAUCCUAAUGCUCCAAAUCCUCACAGGCCCCUUGUUCACAAUCGGGCAGGUCAAUGAAAGGCUGAAAUGAGGUUACUUUUGGUUUUGAUACCGUCUAGUCCAAAUCGACAUUAUCAAUGAUAAAAGCUUUUGAAAGCGGAAAAGGUGUAUGGAUGAAUCCAUUUUUAGCUCUUGUCUCAAACAAUAUCAGUUUGUGAGCUUGAAGAUGUCGAAUGCCGACCUCAACCUCAUUGCCAUACAUUUUGGGAUUAGGAUAUUUCUGCCUCUAACAUUUGAACUGCUAUCUGAACUACUAUUAUUUAUAUUGAUUAAAAUGUUCCCUCGGAUGGUAAUUAAACUCUUCAUCUACUAUGACUUAAUUUUCAGGGUUAACCAAAAGCUAUUCCUCUAAUCAAAUGUCUGCAAAUAUAUUUUGCCAGAAAGUCAAAUUGGUAGGGGGGGAGUUUAGUGAUUGAAAAGCAGAUAUGUUGAUGUGUGAGCCACAGGAGAAGGUUGAAGAGAAAGAAAAGGCUAGAGGAGAGACUUCCACUAUAGUAUGAUAGCAUAAAGUUAGUGGAGGAACUAUUGUAUUGUUGUCCAAUGCUGCUUGGUUGGUUGAUGCACUCUGAGUUUAGUCAAAUAUGGUUGGGAAAUUGACAGGACUUGUCACAAGUCGACCUUAGAACUUGAAUUAGCUUCCAAAGCUCAAAUGAAAAACCAAUAGGAUGAAGGCAGCCAUCGGAGAGGAAAGUUGAUGGAAGUUUGGCCUUUUUGGCCAAGGGGCAAAGCAACAGGCCAUCUGCAAAAGCUUGUCCAUUGUGUGCGUUCUAUGGCUUGGAAACUUGCGGUGGUGCCCUUUGAGGACUGUGAUUCAUUUUCUUCCAUCUGGAAGGUUUGUUUACAUUUUACAUUCUUAUGCAUGUCCUUUGAUUAGCUGUUAUAUUGAAUGGAAAGCAAGACAAGUGUCAGUUUUGUCUAGAGUUUACAAAUGGUUUCGAUUUGAACAAUGUGCUCGAGGUUGGAAUUGCUUCAAUGUUAAGAACACAUUUGAUGAU